GAAUAGACCAUAGAUAGUGAAUAGACUGAAUAAGUGACUAGUGAUACUGAGUCAAGCCGAGUCCUCCUCGAGUCUCAACCAAAGAUAUACUAGCAGUGAUUUGACCCUAUGGCCCUCUCCUUUUUCUCUAGUACUCGGUCUUUGUUCUCUCCUUUAAUCUCCAGGAGCAUCACAGUCUCGUGUCCUCUCUAUUUCAAGAAGCCUCUUCUGGGGAAUAGUAAACCUCCAAAACGGCCUCCGUCUUCAUUCUCUUUAUUUGUGAAAGAUAAAUGGGGCGAGUCAAAUAAUGCAGUCAGUUCUACUGAACGUAUGAAGGAGCUUACUAAAAUAUGGUUAGGAAUGACGGCUGAAGAACAGAAAUCCUACAAAGAAUUGUAUAAAAAGCUACAAGAGCAGUAUUUGCAAAAGAGAGAAGAUUUUUUUGGCAAAUUUACAGAGAAAGAGAUUUUGGCAUACAAGAAGAAUUUGGAAAAGUACAAGAAGAAGAUAGAAAAGAGUAAAGAGAAACGCAAGGCCAUAGAAGAAGGCACUUAUGAUCCUCCACCUGGAAGGACCCUUACUGGCUAUAAUCUCUUUAUUGCUGAGCAAACAUCUGCUCCAUUAAUUGGCACAGAGUCUAUUAAAGAGAGAAUGACUGGUGUUGCUGCAAAAUGGAAGUCAUUGAGUAAUGAAGAAAAGCUAGCUUAUAAAGAAGAGGCUGCUGCAGUGACACAGAAAAGAAUAGAGGAAUAUUGUGAGCGACAUCCAGAGUACAUUCAAGUGCUGGAAGCACAGAGGGAAAAUAAAACUGUAAAGAAGAGCUCAAGUGUAGCUUAGACUGCAAUAUGAUCAACUGUAUUAUAAUUGAUUUUGUUAAUAGUUAUUGUGUUUCAACAUUAAUGAUUCCGGACACUUUUGUUUUUGUUCUAUAUUUUAAGACAGCAAUCAAUCAG